GUUGAUUUCAACACUUACUUCACCUUAAAGAGGAAACGCAACCACAUUAAAAGUUUGUGAUUUUAAAACUGUCAGUGAGAGGAGGAGGUAUAAAAAUGGAAACGCAUGGGUUCCUUGUGUUACUGCUGUGUUCUGGGGCUUUAGGAUGUAAAUAUCCUCGGAAUUUGAACAUCUCUGUACCAAACCUGGAGGCUCUGAGUGGCACCUGUUUGCUGAUCCCCUGCACAUUCAAUUUUCCCAUUAAAUAUAAAUUAGACCUGACUAACCCUGUGUUAGCCAUUUGGAGUAAGACACACCCCAACUUAGGCAAACGUAUAGAUUCAGUACUUUUUCACAGAGCUACAACCGGCCUCACAUCUCUUAUGAAAAUUAUUGGAGACCUGCAUCAGAAAAACUGCACCACUUUGUUCUCUGAUAUAAACACAAUUCAUUCUGACCAGUAUUACUUCAGAAUAGAGAACAACUACUUUAUGGGAACAGCAGCUUGUGACCCACUUCGUAUAACGGUCCAAGAGUCUCCAUGGACCCCGUCAGUUCACGUGUCACAGAGGAAGCAGGAGACAGUGACUAUAACCUGCUCUGCUCCCUCUCCCUGUCCUGAAGCUCCUCCUAAACUCACAUGGAGCCUCCAACCAGAGCCUCCACACAGCAUGCUCCAAAACUCUGAUGGGACCUUCACCACCUCAGAACAACACAUGGUCCAAAACUCUGAUGGGACCUUCUCCACUUCAGUACAACUCCAGAUGAGAUUAUCUGAGCAGCACCAAGGACUGAAGGUGCGCUGUUCUGCUGUGUAUCCUGUGAAGGGAGGACAGAAGAGUGCAGACAAGACCAUCUCUCUGAGUGUGGAGUAUUCUCCUAAAAACACGUCUGUGUGGCUCAGCACGAACACUUUUCCUCUAUCUGUGGGAGGGUCUGUGAAUCUGAGCUGCUCCAGCAGAGCCUGGCCUCCAGUCCAGAGCUUCAGCUGGUUCAGGGUCACCUCACAGGGUCCACAAAGAGUUCAUGAAGGAAACGUCUACAGCCUCAUCUUCAACCAUACAACCCAAGGAGAAUACUUCUGUCAAGCCAAGAAUCAAGUCGGGGAACAAAACUCUCCAACCAUCAACCUGCAGAGUGAAGAUGUUAACGUCAGGAUUGGGCCUUACACCAUACUGAAGAUAUGUGGGAUUGUUGUGCUCUUCAGUGCUCUGCUCCUCAUUGAGUGUUUGGCAAAGAAAAGAGUGACCCAGAGCCAACAGACUAUAAGUCGCACUUUUUUUCAUGGUUUGGGUGGUCCUGCGACUUAUACUCUGGUGUGACUUAUAUAUUCAAAUUUUCAGACUGACAGCUGUGACGGGGCGCUCUAGGCUUGUGUGUCAGUAUCUAGUACUACUAUUACUCCUGUACCACUGUCACUUCACACUCUACUGCGCAUGUCUCCUGUAGAAAAAGAUGCUGUCUCGCUGCAAAUAGUGAAAUAUUCAUCUGAAAAGCAAGUAAGUGAGCAGCAGAAAGAAAGUUUGGAGUGAGCGAAAAACUUGUGAGGGACUGGCAGAAAACAGGGAUGGAGAACACAGCUUCACUCCUAACGGGAGGGUGCACCAUGUAACUUUCCUGGAAGUCACUGGAUGAAUCGACAAAGCCUGGACUACAAUAACAACUGAAACCAUCCUGUCUGGAUUCAGAAAGGCCGGAAUAAUUCUAACUGGAACUGAUGCUGAGUCUGACGACAGUGACACAGAAGAGGAAGCGGCGCUCCGUUUACGUCAUGGAUCUAUGGUUUAUCUCUGGAGGUCGUGCAGAAGUGACACCGAGGAAGAAUUCAAUGGAUUUAGUGAUUUGGAGUGAGAUUGUGAGUUUGGUAAACUUAUGUUCUGUUGUUUAUACUAUAAUUAUCUGAAUAACUGUUAAUAUGUUACGCUAACAUAUUAACACCUAUUCAGUCUGUUGUUCUCUGUACUAUUCUUAUUACUAUAACUUGCCUUUCAAGAUGAAAUGUCGGUUCCUGGUCUCUGAUUUUAUAAAAUACAUUUACCCAAAAAGUGCGACUUAUAGUCUUAUAUAUGUUUUCUUUCUUCUUCCUUGCACAUUUUUUGGCUGGUGCGAUUUAUAGUCCGGAGCGACUUAUAGUCUGGAAAAUAUG